UGUUUUGGUUCUAGUUCUGUAGGUGUAGAAUGAUAGCAAUUGGGAAUUUACAAAAUAGAAUCUAAAUUUACAGACACUUUACAUCAAUUAAUGUUUAAGUGACUGACGUAUUAUGUAGUUUUUCAAUUAAUAAGUUCUAACUAUAACGUGUGUAUUCUCUUGACUAUUUUUACGUUUUUUGUUGAGGAGUGCCAUAGGUUAAUGGCAAUGAGUGAAUAAUUUUGAUCAUGCCCGAUAGUUGGAACUAGUUUGUUAAUGAGAACUGAAUACCUUUUAGCAACUUAAAGCAUGUUUCAUAGCUAUGAAAUAUAAAUGAGUAGUUUUCUGUGACUUAUAACAUAAUUUCUAAAACACUGCAGGCUACAGUGGUGCCAUAGAAGGAACGUUAUUUAAUUUUUACUCUUAAAAGCGAAUUUGAAUAUGUUUCAGAGAAAAUCUUUUGAUCACAGGGAUGUAAGGUAUCAUAGCCUUAAAAGAAGUGGAAUCAACAGUUCUGACUACAUUGAUACUCAGUGGUAUGGGACAAAAGCAAUCCCGUGGAAAGCCAUUCUCCUUGCUUUCUUUCUCUGUGUUGGUGGAACAUGUCUGCUAAUAACAGGAAGUCUGAUAGUCUCGGGACACAUAGAUGCAAAAUAUGCUGACCGAAUGUGGCCAGUGAUCAUCAUCGGCCUACUGAUGUUCCCACCCGGAGCAUAUCAUCUGCACAUUGCGUUCUGCGCGUACAAGGAGUACCCCGGUUACUCUUUCACUGACAUUCCUGAGUUUGAUUAGGGAAUGAUUUUAUAAUCAAAAUUAGUCAUAGUUUUGUAGCCGUGCUAUGCAUUUUAAGUCAGUAUACGAUCCUAAUUUCACAUUGCAUUUUAAGCCUCGUGUCCUACAAUUUUUAGCUAGUCAGUUUCGCUUGCCUUAAAUGGUUAAAUUAUUUUUAUUUCUACGACUGAAACACUAGUAGUAGCUAGUCAUUGUUAUGUAACUGAUAGCGAUCUAAGAUUUACAAUAACUAAUUUAGUAGUGUGUCUAAGAAUGCUGGCUACACUUCAGAAGUAUGGGGGGAAUAAUGUUCACAUUCUCUUAGACAUGUUCAAAAAACCUGAUGAUUUGAUUGACUUAAUGUAAAUAAUUUAUGUGUUCACUAUGAAAAAGUGACUGUUAUCGUACUUUAUGAAAUAACCACAAUGGUCAGAUGGUACAGAACUGGCAUUCACAUAGAUGGGGAAAAUAGGAGGUUUAUUAUGAAAGAAUCCUCUUUAUUUAGCAAAUAGAAAAUUAAUCAACAUGAAUUACAGAGACUAUGUAAUUAUUAUUUUUUAUAAUUUUAUUUUUGUCAACAAUAGAGGUUAAAAUGAUCUAAUUGACAUUUCCGAUAAUAAAUAAUAUAAUACACUACACUACUACAUAGAAUGCUUGUAUGAAUGUCAUUUCUUAAAUUAGUUGUGUAACAAUUCAGUACAGAAAUAAACAAAAUCUAGAGUCCUUGA